AUGUUACUGGCAUUCCACGGGGAGGACUGUGGCGAUAACAGAAACGGAACAUAUGGUUCAGUUACCUCCCCUUAUUAUCCCAACAACUACAAUCAAAACCAUAACUGCAUCUACACCAUUUACGCUGGGACUACGCUGAUCCGCCUUGUGUUCGUGGACAUUGAGCUUGAGAGAGGCUAUGACAAAGUCAAGGCAUUCAACGCAUUUGGCAAUCUCAUUGUGUCUCUGGAAGGUUUGAGGUCUUGGUAUGUCAUGGAGCCAUCUGACUAUUACCGCCUGCAGUUCACCAGCGAUCAAUUGGUAACUAGACGGGGAUUUAAUGCCACGUGGACCAUUGCUGCUGUCUCUGUCAAAGAAAGCCUUCAUGGCGCCUGUGGGUACGACGAGACGUCAGUGCACAUGUCAUCAUCCGGGCUCACACUGGGUCACCUGGAGGCCUUCACCUCAGACACCAUAUCUGAGUGGCUUUAUCAGCUUGCUGGUUGCCCGGCGCCUUGAGAAAUUGAGAGACCCUUGGAAAUCGAAUUGCAACUUCAUGCUGUAUCAUUACCUGAGGCCAACUGUAAGUUCACGUUGACGCCUGCACAAGGCUCAUGUGAACUGCGGAGGUGGUUCUAGCUGUUCUGGGUCUAUUGCCUUAUCAAGACGAUGGUCAACUCUAUUAGGUUGUACAUUCUAGGUACUUUGCUACUGGGAAUUGAUUACUUAACAUCAAGUGAAUAACAGGUUUUGGACACGCAGACAGGCUGAUACACGGGUUCGCUCGACUAACCUGGUCAAAGCAUGGUAAAGAAGCUGCAUUGCAAGCAAGACAUGUACAGAUCCUAACUGGUAUUUUACAAACCUUAAAAUCCCGUGGAAACAUUAGUUUUGACCUUUUGUAAAGAUCUUCGACAUUAGUAUCAGUUCUAUCUGUCCUAUGGUGCUGAUGUAUGGGAUCAAGAAAAUGAUGACAGAAUAGAGAAGGUACAUCUAUAUGCUGGUAAAGGAUUUGUAGGCGUAUAUUCCAACAUUCCAAAUGUCACAGUGUAUGGGAAUGUGCGAGAUACACUGUGUACAUAUUAUUAGUCCUAUAAUAGUAACAACAUGUUGG